AUGGAAAUCGAGGACGACGACGAUGCGGCGGCGGUGGCGGCGAGGUGGCCGAGUUCAUUCAAGCGCCGCCACCUCCUCCAGUUCCUUCUCCACGCCUCCAAGGUGAGCACUAUUCUGUGCCUUUUGUUCCCAAGCGGCCAAGCCCAACUUCAAAACCCUGAUAGACCUGAGCUGCAACAUCCCACGAUUUCCUCGCAGCGGCUCGACCUCCGGCCCAUCGUCAAGUACGCCGCGCUUACCUUCUUCGCCGGCCGCUUCCUCCCGGCGCUCCCGAGGAAGAUGGGGUUCUGCGGCGCGCGAAGCGGCCGAGUCGUCAGGUCCUGGCUCCUCGAGCCCCUGAGGGACAGCAACCUCGAGCUAUUCGCGCUCGUCGCGGUGUGGAUUGCCAGCAAGAUCCACGAUCGGAGGCCGAUGUCAGUGAAGAGCCUCAAAGCCCUGGGUGAUCGCAUCAUUGCCGACCAGCAUUUCAUGUGCCGCGAUUUCGCCACUGCUGAAUUGGUGUUCUUGGAGGUAGUGGAUCACAACAUUGGAUCUUCAAGCAUUGCUUUCAUAUACCUGGAGGAGCUUCUCAUCCAUUUCAGGGAAAUAUCAAAAUUAGGUGAACUUUUGGAUCUGGAAGUGUGCAUGGAAAUUUUGGACAUUCUGUAUGAAACAGAAGAUACCUCAUUACUUUUCAAUUCUUCCUGCUCACUUGCUGCUUCCACUCUUGUUGCUGCAUAUGCUAUAUCAGUUCCUAAGCAAACAUGGGAGUUUCCAAUCCUUCCUUGGGUCAGGUUUGCUACAUCGUACGAUGAAGAGGAAAUCAUAAAGAUUGUUCUGACAAUUCUCCUGCAUGUGCUCAAACCGGAUGAGAUCAAAGAGAAGGACAAGGGAGGUUUUGAUGCCAGAUGUUUGUCGACCCAUGGCCAUGGGUAUGGGUUCUCUUCAGAGUUUUCCCAUCACUCAUCAGCGUCGCCUCGAGCUGUCCGAUCGCUGCGCAGGAGCUCCCGCGAUGGCGUCCGGUUCACCAUCCUUAAAUCGUCUGGUUCACCAUCCUUAAACCAGAACCACCAUUAUCUGACAUUUGCUUUCUUAAAAGCUGAGGGCAAAAACGCUUGA